GACUGUAACUGUAAAAUAAAUUUUCUAGAGUUGGUUUGCCCGGCCGGAUGGGAGAAGUAUCAGAGUCAGUGUCUGAAGGUGUUCAAUGACACUGCCAGUAGUUACACUGGAGCCGUGACAGCCUGUCAGACAGAGGGCAGCACUCUAGCCAGCGUACCUGCAGUCUUCGCAGCAGAUGUUAUAGGUGAUCUAGUUACUGCUGCUGGAUGGAGUGAAGCCUAUGUAGGAUUACAUAAACCUAUCAAUGGCAUGUAUACGUAUGAAGAUGGCACACGUUUGGUACACAAAUACCUGAUGACCAAAGAGAAUAAACUUGAUCAUUCAGAAGAGAAAUGUGGUACACUAGGAGAGAACUACAACUUUGAAACCAGAUCGUGUACAUCUUUAUUGGCUUUUGUGUGCCAAAAACCUCUAGAUGAGUAUGGGAUCCCAACUGACUUUUCCAACCUGCCAUGUUCAACAGAUAAUUUCUGUAACAACACCAACCUUGUAUGUGCACAAUGGAAAGAUAAAUCUACAUUCCUAACUCCAAAAUGUGUUGGCAUUG